GGAGAAGCCCAGGAGCACCCCCGUGAGAGGACAUGCAGGCACAGUGUGUUUCUCUCUGCCUCCUGGGUGCGAUGGUCUUUCUGUGCUCAGCGCAUGCCCGAGGUCUCAGGAGAUGUGUGAUUUCCAUGGACAUGCGCCGUAUAGAGGAGAGUUUCCGAGGGAUCAAAAACGCCAUUCAAGCUAAGGACACCUUCCAAAAUGUCACCAUCCUGUCCACAUCGGAGACCCUGCACAGCAUUAAGCCCUUAGAUGUGUGCUGCGUGACCAAGAACCUCCUGGCGUUUUAUGUGGACAGGGUAUUCAAGGACCAUCAGGAGCUGAGCCCCCAAAUCUUGAGAAAAAUCAGCAGCAUCGCCAACUCUUUCCUCUACAUGCAGAAGACUCUGCAACAAUGUCAGGAGCAGAGGUUGUGUCACUGCAGUCAGGAGGCCACCAAUGCAACCAGAAUCAUCCACGACAACUACGAUCAAUUGGAGGUCCGGUCUGCUGCCAUUAAGUCUCUGGGAGAGCUUGAUGUCUUCCUAGCCUGGAUUGACAAGAAUCAUCAAGGAACUUCUGUUGCCUCAAGACAAGAAACCUAAGUGUGGUGGAUGAACAGCCCCUGAGAGGUUUCC